GGCGUGGCCACAGGCCGGAAGCCACGCAGGGACACGUCUGCGGGUUCUGAGCAUUGGGUCUGGUUCUCCGCGCGGUGGAGGCGAAGGGUAGUCCUGGCAGAGGUGAGUGGACCCUGAGGUUUGGAGUCGAGAUUGGGGGCGUUCCGGUCCAAAGCGGUUCGGGGGAGAUCAGGCUGGCGGAAUCCUUUGCCCAACCGACAGCUAGCAGGCAGAUUAAUUACUGAGCCAUGGACCGCUCGCAAGACACACCCACCCUCCACUGCGCCUCGGGACCUGGUGAGUCUGGCCCGAGGGCCUCGCUUUGGGGGAUGUUGCCCACCGGCCUGCGUGAGGCCUCACUGUUGGGUGCCAGGUUAGAGAGAAGGGGGAGAAGAGAGGAACAAACGGUUUCGAAGAUUGAAUGGAGAGCAAGGGGGUACUUUUUUUUUUAGAGUGGACACUGGGUUUGGAGAAUAUACUUUUUAAAGCAUUGGUAUGCUCAUUGAAUUUAGCUUUCAGGGCCUGAAAGACAUUUAGGGAUGGUAACAUUUUAUUCUAACUUUUUUUUUUCUUAAAACACUUUGUGAAUUCAGCAGGGCUAGUUUACGCUCUUAUGAAUAAUCUUAAUACAUUACCGAGUGGUCAGUUUUUUAAAAAACGUUUUCAUGCUUUUGAAACAGAUUUGAUCACUUUGUGCCGAACUAGACUUGCCGCUUGCUAGCUUUUUCUAACUGAACAAAGACAAACUUUUUUCGCCCAUCAUUUCCUUUAACCUCUGUUCAUCGAUGCAGUGAAGGACAGUGAAAAAAAAGAAGACAUGGAUUUAGACGCCAUUACAAAAUACUCUGCAUUACAUGCCAAGCCCUAUGGACUCAUUCUUCAAUAUGGGACUGCUGGAUUUCGAACAAAGGCAGAACAUCUCGAUCAUGUCAUGUUUCGAAUGGGAUUAUUGGCUGUCCUGAGGUCAAAACAGACAAAAUCUACGAUAGGAGUCAUGGUAACUGCGUCACAUAAUCCUGAGGAAGACAAUGGUGUAAAAUUGGUUGAUCCUUUGGGUGAAAUGUUGGCACCAUCCUGGGAGGAACAUGCCACCUGUUUGGCAAAUGCUGAGGAGCAGGAUAUACAGAGAGUGCUGAUUGACAUUGGUGAGAAAGAAGCAGUGAAUUUGCAACAAGAUGCCUUCGUAGUUAUUGGUAGAGAUACCAGACCCAGCAGUGAGAAACUUUCACAGUCUGUGAUAGAUGGCAUAACUAUCUUGGGAGGUCAGUUCCAUGAUUAUGGCCUGUUAACCACACCCCAGCUGCACUACAUGGUAUACUGUCGAAAUACUAGUGGCCAAUAUGGAAAGGCAACUAUAGAAGGUUACUACCAGAAACUCUCUAAGGCUUUUAUGGAACUUACCAAACAGGCUUCCUGCUGUGGAGAUGAAUAUAGAACACUUAAGGUCGACUGUGCAAAUGGUAUAGGGGCCCUGAAGCUAAGAGAAAUGGAACACUACUUCUCACAGGGGCUGUCAGUUCACCUAUUUAAUGAUGGAACCAAAGGGAAACUCAAUCAUUUAUGUGGGGCUGAUUUUGUGAAAAGUCAUCAGAAACCUCCUGAGGGAAUGGAAAUGAAGUCCAAUGAAAGAUGCUGUUCCUUUGAUGGAGAUGCAGACAGAAUCGUUUAUUACUACCAAGAUGCGGAGGGUGACUUUCAUCUCAUAGAUGGAGACAAAAUAGCAACGUUAAUUAGCAGUUUUCUUAAAGAGCUUCUACUGGAGAUUGGAGAAAGUUUGAAUAUUGGUGUUGUACAAACUGCAUAUGCAAAUGGAAGUUCAACACGGUAUCUUGAAGAAGUUAUGAAGGUACCUGUCUAUUGUACUAAAACUGGUGUGAAACAUUUGCACCACAAGGCUCAAGAGUUUGACAUUGGAGUUUAUUUUGAAGCAAACGGGCAUGGCACAGUAUUGUUUAGUAAAGUUGCUGAAAUGAAGAUAAAACAACUAGCAAAAGAACUAGAAGAUAACAAAAGGAAAGUGGCUAAGAUGCUUGAAAACAUUAUUGACUUGUUCAACCAGGCAGCUGGUGAUGCUAUUUCUGACAUGCUGGUGACUGAAGCAAUUUUGGCUCUGAAGGGCUUGACUAUACAACAGUGGGAUGCUCUCUAUACAGAUCUUCCAAAUAGACAACUCAAAGUUAAGGUUGCAGACAGGCAAGUUAUUAGUACCACUGAUGCUGAAAGACAAGCAGUUACACCCCCAGGACUACAGGAGGCAAUCAAUGGCUUGGUGAAGAAGUACAGGCUUUCCCGAGCUUUUGUCCGGCCCUCUGGAACAGAAGAUGUAGUCCGAGUAUAUGCGGAAGCAGACUCCCAGGAGAGUGCAGAUAGCCUUGCACAUGAAGUAAGCUUGGCAGUGUAUCGGCUGGCUGGAGGAAUUGGAGAAAGACCCCAACGAGGUUUAUGAAGACAAUUUUUAUAUUCCUGAAAAACUGGAUUUUUAAAAAGAUGUUUUUACAAAAUAGUACUGUGACAGAUAUGAUGAAGACUUUUAAAAUCAGAAUGCUUACAGUGCACUUUAGUAGAUUGUUUUUAGAUGAUUCUUUUUCUUAAACACUACCAGAGUAAUUCUUUAGAAGUAGAACUAGAUAAGCCUUAUAAUUGUCCAGUUUCACCUCUAAUUUCAAUCUCACUGAUGUAAAAUAUUGGGAUUUUAUGUACAUGAUCCAAUCAUUAACUUUACAAUGUGUGUAGGGAAGAUUUCAUAAGAGUUGCUGGAAAAUAAAAGCUUAUUUAACUCCU